GUGUGUGUUUGUGGUCCCAUGUGUCUACUACGGUGUCUAUAUUUAGUUGUUGUCAUGUGUGGCGCUGGUCAGCUGGGAUCCUGCAGCAGGACACGCCUCUGGGCUGAAUGGAGUGCGCCGUGCGUAAAGUCCGAACGGCAGCGGAUCCAUUUUUCCCCCCAAAAACCCUCACCUAGCGGUUUCUAAACAAGCCUCCAAUCACCACUGUUGAGUCGCUCAAAGUGGAUUAAAUGCAGCGAUGACGCGAGAGGAAGAUCUCACCCGGAUCGCAAAGAAACUGGACAAGAUGGUGUCUCGGAAUAACACGGAGGGCGCCAUGGACCUGCUGAAAGAACUGAAAGGUUUCAACAUGACGCUCAAACUUCUACAGGAGACGAGGAUUGGCAUGUCUGUGAACGGGAUCAGGAAGCACUGCACAGACGAGGAGGUCAUUGCCUUGGCCAAGGUCCUCAUUAAAGACUGGAAAAGACUUCUGGACUCAGGCCCCUCCCACUCUGAGAAAGCGGCUGAAGUGAAGAACGGACUGGACUCCGGCAAAACAACAGUGUCUCCAAACAGCUCACCCGCCGAGACACAGAGUAGGAAAGACUCAUCAGAUAGCAAAGUGUCUAACAAACACUCCGAUGAAGCCAAGAGAGAAAGGAAAGAUUCGUCUGAGUCUAAACCACCACCUCCUAAAAAGCCCAGUUUGGAUGUGAAAAAAGAAAAACACAGGAAGGACUCCUGUGACUCGAAGCCUGAACAACCUGUGAAACGUCAUUCGGUCGACUCCAAACCUGAAAGAAGCGAGUCCACCGAUUCAAAGAAGAGCAGCUCACUACCAGCAAAGAAGCUAACAUUGGAAAGGAGAGAGUCUCAGGGCUCUAAGACCUCCCAGCCUGGACCUCCACAGAGGAAGCCCUCGACUGACAGCAUUGAAAGAAAGGGAAAACCGGACACCCCUAAAAGUCCCACCACCCCGACCAGCCCCAUGUCACCCAGCUUCAGCUCUGCCGGGGGGGCGCUGUCCCCCCACCUGGCUACUGGAGAAACCGUCAGGGACAAAUGCAUUGAGUUGCUGGCGGCUGCACUGCGCACAGACAACGACUACAAAGAUUUUGGAGCAAACGUUGACGGCAUGGCAGCUGAGAUUGAAGAUCAUAUCUACCAGGAGAUAAAGGUCACUGAUAUGAAAUAUAAGAACAGAGUCCGCAGCCGCAUCAGCAACUUGAAGGACCCCAAGAACCCGGGACUUCGCCGGAACGUACUCGCACGGAGCAUUGACUUAGGCCGCCUCGCCAGCAUGUCUGCUGAGGAAAUGGCCAGCGACGAGCUGAAGCAGCUGAGGAACGUUCUCACUCAGGAGGCCAUCAGAGAGCACCAGAUGGCCAAAACCGGGGGAACCUCCACCUCCCUGCUGCAGUGCGGCAAGUGCAAGAAGAAGAACUGCACCUACAACCAGGUGCAGACACGCAGCGCUGAUGAGCCGAUGACCACAUUUGUCCUCUGUAAUGAAUGUGGAAACCGCUGGAAGUUCUGCUGAUGCCUUCCGGGUGAAACCAGGUGUUUUUUUUUUGGUGCAUAUUGAUCUAGAUAUUUUCUAUAAUUGGAGCGUUUAUACAUUUUUGCAGCUAGUGAUUUGAGAACAGUAGUAUUCGUACGAUUUUUACUUGACAUUUUGACAUUGACGAGCAUGUGCUGAGAAUAAGGGUUUUGCUUUAUGUGAAUUUGAAGACUGAGCAUGAGUCAAGAAAUCACCCCACUUGGAGAAGACUAAAAUCAUUUUCAUGGUGCUAUCAUGACAGGAUGACCAUUGUAAUACAGCUAUUUUGCAAUCUCAUAGUACAGCUGUUCACUUUGUAAAUAUCGAAUGCCAAUAAACUGCAUAAACCAUCA